UCGAGGAUCGACGCACGAGAUCGAUCCAACAGCUUGCAACCUACGGCCUCCCCGCUGGCCUGGCCAGCUACUAUGCGAAUUGAAGCUCUCAGCAUCCUCGUCGCGGUGGUUUGGCUGACCGCAGUCCUGUGCCCGCGGCUUGCUGCCGCCAACAACCAUAGCAUAUCCUUCACCUCUCGUAAGCUCAGGGAACAUCCUUCGAGAGGACGCACGUCUCGCUGGACGCAGACCUUCGACGCAGACCCGAACAAGCGAAUGACAUAUCGGGAAAUGAACACGAUUCUGCGACAGGAGGGAGGCGAGAACGGCCAUCAAGUCGAUUGCUGUCCUACGGUAUUGGAAAUGGUGGAACCGGUCGGCGGUCGAAAUCGUGACGACAUGUACGUACAGCUCUAUCGGGAAGGCCAGAACACCCAGAGGUUCUUCGAGUACUCGUGCAGGGAGGACGUACUCGACAAGCCGUGCAGGUUCAUCGACCGGAAGUUCAGCAACCAGUCCAAAUGUGUGCAGAAGUUCUCGUACACUUACGCUAUCAUUGAAAAUUCUGGACCGAAGGGUGGAAACGAGGGGCACAAGAGGCAUCACAAGAAACAUUUGACGCUCACCGGUAACACGGAGGGCGGAUCGAUGUGGACGUUGGACUACAUCAGGGUACGAAGCGGCUGUAGCUGCGAGGUCACGCCUAAACCGAAGAAGAGGAAGAAGUGCAAGAAGUGCAAACCAAGGGACCACGAUUUCUUCAGCCCGGAAACGUGA